AUGGGCGGAAAACCCACCACGAGGAUGGGAGGACCUGCAAUUCAAUGGCGGUUCUCGAAUUUGCUUAGGAUGCGAGCUAGCUACACCAUUAUUCGGCCACUGCAAGAAUUCGAUGUCUUGGAGAAUGCAUCGGUAGAUCAGUUGGCAGAGCCGUGGCUGCAGGCAAAUCUGGUGCUGGCCCAUCACGACGGGCUCAAUGUGAGCGAUAUUCUUCUACCACAGUCAAAGGGGAAAAGAGGGGCCUGA